AUGGAAAAAACCAAUCACAAUAAUUCUCUUUUAUUUAUUACUGUAAAUUCGUCGACAUCAUCAUCAUAUUAUAAUAAUACAAAUGGGAUACAAUCAUCAACAUCUAUUGAUGAUACAACAAGUAAAUCUGAACAUUUAAAAAUUGUUGAAAAUUUAACAACACAUAUAACACUUAUUGUUUCUGUUAUUGGUUUAAUCGGUAAUGCAUGUACAAUAGUUGUACUAAAUAGACAAUCAAUGCGUAAAUGGCGUUCGUCUAUGUUAUUGUCAGCAUUAGCUGGUGUAGAUUUUCUAUAUUUAUCAAUUAUAUUUUUAUCGAUUCUUGAUACAUUAACAAAUCAAGCUAUUGGUCUACAUCGAUCAUUGAUAUUAUGUCAAGCAACUGUUUAUAUAACGCAUGUUUGUUCAUUUUUGUCAGCGAAUUUUACAUUAUCAUUUACAUUGCAACGUUUUGUUGCUGUACUUUUCCCAUUACAUGCAAAUACAAUAAUAUCAAGUCGUUCAUCAAUUAUAAAUAUAUUAAUUUUAACAACAUUUGGUUGUAGUUUUUAUUCGUUUAGUUUUUUUGUAACAAACGUAAGACUUCAAGAAUGUCGGGAAGAUGAAAAACAUCCAGCAUUAUUUCCAUUAUUAAUUGUUGAUACAUGUUUUACAUUUAUUUUACCAUUUAUAUUUAUUCUUCUUUUUAAUUGUGCAAUAGUUUAUAAAUUACGAAAUAGAAAGAAAUUUGCAGAUAUUUUUGGAACUUCAUUACCAACAACAGGUUCUCGUAAUCAACGAACAUCAUCACCACUUCGUUUAUCAAAAGUUGAUUUAUAUCAUGAACGUCAACGAUUACAUGAACAAAAUACUAAUAGCCAUGAUCAUAUUCCAUUGAAAGAUGAAAAUUCAAUGACAAAUGGAUUGCCCACAUCAACACGUAAAAUAUCAUCAUCCUGUCUUGAAUCAACAGUAACUGGUAAUGAUUAUCUUAAACGUCUCUCUCAUUCACGUGUAUCAACAUUAACAAUGUCAAAUGAAUUAUCACCUGUUUCAUCAUCAAAUUCAAAUAAUCGACAAGCAAUAUCACAACGUACAACAAAAAUGCUUGUCAUAUGUUCAACAACAUUUCUUCUAUUUAAUUCUCCAUAUUGUGCUGUUUUACUUUAUUCCAUAAUAACAAACCAAAAUAUGACACGUACACUUGGAAUUUUAAGACAUUUUUAUUUUAUGUCAUUUUGUUUAAAUUUUUUUCUUUAUUCAUUAUGUGGAAAUCGUUUUCGUCAUGAACUGAUUUUAUUAUUUAAAACAUGUUGGUUAAAAUGUUGUACACAAAAUAUUCGUUCACAUUGGUUACGUAUUGAAAAACUUCCACAACAAUCAAGUUUUACACGUGUUACUCAAAGAGCAGGUGGUACAUUUUUGGUAACUAAAUAUAAGUAUAUAUCCAAAGCUGUUUUUCAACAUGUACCUACUACGAUAAUUGAUCAAACAGCAUUAAAUAUAACAGCUGAUGUGAUUUAUUAUCAAUCAACAUCAUUUUGUAAUCAAUCAUUUAUUAAAUUACAAAAUUUGACUAUUGAACCACUUCAACAUGAUAAUAUUCAUCUGGAUAUAAAGCAAUUUGAAAAUGCAGUUUUCGAAAUAUUUCAAAAAACAUUUAAUCUAUUACAAAAUAGAACGGAUGACGUCAUCCUCUCGUCUGAAGAUUAUAUUAAUCAAACUAAUCAAUAUCGUCGAAUAAAAACAGUUCAAAUAAAUCAUGGUCGAUUUAUAGGAAAUUCUAUAUUUGCUAAUUAUUUUUUAAAUAAACUUUUUUCUCCAACUAAAACAACAUGUGAAUUCGUAUUAAAUAUCAAUGAAGAAAAACUUCAACAUAGUAUUUGUGUAUCACAAACUGCUGAUCUUUUAACUAUUGAUCGACAAAUUUAUUUUCAUAGUCAAAUUGAUAACCAAACAUUUAUUUUCCAAGAUCAAAAUUUAACGACAAUUCAAAUAAAACACAAGACAAAAGAAGAUUUUGAUACAAUGCUAAAACAAUUUUGUAUAAAUAAUGAAUUAAUUUCUCAAUAUCAAUUAAUUCAUAUGAUGAAUAAUGAACUUGGUGAUGAAGAUUUAAAUAAAAUACUUUUUCAAGAUAUUAAUCAAUAUUCCAAUUGUGAAUGGACAUUAAUCAAUCAGAGUAUAAUUGGAGUUAAUCGUUAUCAAUCAACAGAAUAUAUUUUAAAAAGUUUUUAUCAUGAUGAAUCAAUACUUGAACGUCAUUUUGAUGUAAUCGAAAGAAAACCUAAUGAUUAUACAAGAGAAAUUCUGAGAAAAUAUUUUAAUAAUUCUUGUGAAAUAUCAAAUUUAAUUACACUUCGUAAGAUAAUAUUUAUUUCACAAGAUAAUCUAACAAUCCAAUGUGGAUUAAAUCAAAAUAAUAAUAUCAAAUAUCGUUCUAUAGCAUUACGUAUUCUUAAUAAUCCAAAAAAAUUUCAAAAUCAAUUACAAAAUUUAUUAGAAAAUGAACAAGAAUCUCCUACUAUACGUAUAAUUACCUUUCAAAUCAUUUAUUCAUUAUUAAAUUCAUCACAAAUCGAUCAUUACAUUGAAACAGUUCAAUCAAACCAAUUACGGUUUUAUAUGAAAUCUUUAUUUAAACAAACUUCAAUUUGGUCAGCACAUUCAGGUUCAUAUAGUUUUCCAUUUGGAAAAUUAAAUGUUGUAUUUCAAGAAAAUUUAUCUUUAUUUUUUCCAAAUAUACUACAAUUCAUACUUGCAAAUAAUACUGAAAUUGAUUUAUAUUUUGAACAAGAAAUUUUAGUUAUAUUUGAAAGAAAAUCAAUAAUACGUUUUUUAACAAUUGAUGAUUUAUUGAAAUGGUUAAAUAAUGAUCGAUUAUUUGAAACGAAAACACUUGAUGGGUUUCGUUUAAAAAUAAAUUUAAAAACUGAUUUUAAUCUGAAAUGGUUUACUGGGUAUUUUUAUCAAUUUAAAAAUUAUUUUCGAAAGUCAACUGCUGGUAUUGUUUUAAAAAUCCAGCAUGGAUUAGAUCAUAUUAUGACUGGCUACGAAAUAAAUUUUAACCUUGAAUCGAAUUUUAAAAUAAAUAUUGAACAAUAUCAAAAUACAACUUCAUAUAUCUGGCGUGCAAUACAAAAAGAAAAUAUUCUUUUUAAAAUACAACCAUCAAUAAAUCCAUUAAUAGGUAAUAAACAAAUUGCAUCGAAUAUUUCUUCGUCCUCAAACACAAAAGAUUUUUGUUAUAUUAUUCCACAUUUUGAUUCGAAAAUUUGUUUAUCAAUUAUUUUUAAACGACUAUGGCCAACAUUUAUUGCAAUUCGUUUACUUUCGGAUGAUCCAACACUUAUCUAUAAUGUAACUUCAUCGAAUAAUUUAAUUUAUUUUAAUAUUCAACAUAAUAAAAAAAUAUUUCAAUCUUAUCAUCUUAUACGAAAAUAUAAUGAACAUACAUCAAUGCCUUAUUAUAUUGAAUUUUCUACACCGAUAACAAAUUAUACAACAUUUAUUGAUUGGAAAAAACAAAAUAUAAUUUCAUUUAAUUUCCUAAAAAAUAAUCAAUCGAUUACUAAUGGUUCAGGUUUAUAUUCAUAUGAUUUAUCAAAGGGACUUUCAGUUAGUUUAACGGAUAUAUAUCCAAAACAUAUUGGAAAUCUUACGAUUGAUUAUAAUGGAAAUUUAACAAUUAAUGCAUCGAGAAUUUUAGGUGGAGAAUUAAUACUAAGAAUAGAUCGUUUAUCGGAUUGGAGUCAUGGACGAAUUGAAAUGAAAGUUGAACGAGUCCAUUAUAAUGAUUUAUCAAAUAUUGGAUUUCAAUCUUCAUCAUUGAUCAAUGGGUGGUCUCUUUGGAAUAUUACUGUUCUUAUGAAUAAUUUUCGACAAAUUCAAAUACAAUUCAAUCGAUAUUCAUUUAAUUUUCAAAUUAAUGAUCGAAUUAUUCAAUUGAAAUUAAAUUAUUUAAAUCAAAAACUUUUACGAUCAUAUUUUCAUAUAAAUCAAUCGAAUUUUAUUACUACAUCACUUGAAAUACCUGGAUAUCAUUAUGAAAGUGAAGGAGAAUUAUUUGUUAAUUAUACAAAUUUCUCUUUAAAUUUACCAAUAAUUGAAACAAUUCUUGAAAAAACUAAAAAGAAAUCAAAUAUUUACUUAGAAUUUUCUUCUCUUGAAAAUAACCUCAUUUUAAAUAUUACAUCAAAUUUUCGAAAUGAAUAUUCAUUUAAAUCUAUUCAUAAUUUUACAUUUCAUUACAAUUAUUUCUAUCAAAUGAAUAUUCAACAAUCUCUAACAAUGACAAGAUUAAUCCAUUAUCAAUUAUUAUCUUUUCAUUUAUUUACUCAAUAUAUUAAAAAUUCAACAAUUCUUCAAUUAUCUAAUGGAUCUAUUACUUUACCAUCAUUAUUUUUUACUAAACCAUUUUUAUUUAAUUACGAACGAGAUGUCGAAUUAUUUAUACAAAUGUUCGAAUGGGCAAAUCUAACACGAACUUCAACAAGUUACAAUAUCUCUACAAUAUUUGGUCUUCAAUUAUUAGCAAUUCAUGAUUUCUCUACACGAAUCUAUAUUCAUUUCGAACAGAUUAUUUUAGGUAAACGUUAUUUAUUACUUUUUGAAAUUGAUCGUAAUUGGAUGAUAUCAUUAAUUAUAAAUAAAAAGAUUCGAUAUGAAUUUUUAUCAUCACCAUUAAAUUCUUUAUUCUUACUAAAACGAAUUAAUUUAGAUACAAAUACAACUCUUACAUUACCAAUAAAUUAUCAUACAGAUAAUCAAACAUUAAUAAGAAUUGAUAUAGCAUUUUCCAAAUUUUUUUCCAAAUUUAUCAAUGAUUUUGUAUUAGAUAUAUCGUUAAAAAAUCAUAGUUUUAUAUUAUAUUGUCAUAUACCAUUAUUUAAACGAGAAUUUUUUUCUUUAAUAUGGAAUAGAUAUGUACAUAAAGAAUUAUUUCAUUUUCAUGGUUUAAUACAAACGAAAUUUUUACGACGAAGACGUUUUAUUGAUUUUGAUUAUAAUUGGAAUUUAGCAUCAUUUCGAUUUUGGACAUUAAAUUCUCAUAUAACAGUUUUUUCAUUAGAUCCUAUUCAAUUAAAUUUAAAUUUAACAAAUGAUUAUUUAUGGUAUGGAAAAUGGGCUAUUGAUUUUCGUAUGAUGUUAUCGAAUCGUCGAGAAUUAAUUCGACUUAAUCAUAAAUAUCAUUAUAGAACAUUUAUAUCAAAUUUAUUAUUUGAUCUUUAUCUUAUGAAUUCACAUUAUGAUUUAGAUUUUAUUUAUUAUCAUUUAAAUCAUUCUGUACAAGGUUUAUUUAUUAAAAAUAAAUAUAAAAAUGAAAUUGAUGGAUAUUGGAAUGCAACAACAAAUACACUUCAAUUAAAUACACAACAUAUGAAAUCAGUUACAAUAAUUACAUCUACAUUUAUUAAAUCAAUUAUUGAUAAAUAUCAUCAAAAAAUAGGAGUUCUUUUAGAACGUACUGAAGAUUCGUUUACAAAUGAUACUCAAAUAUUAGAGUGUAAUCCUUAUUUUAUAAUUCAUACACGUCCACGAUUAUUUAUUAUUCAUUAUUAUACGUUGAAUGAUGGUUUAUCAACAAUGACGUUUGAAUGGUUAACACGAUCAUAUUUGUCUUGGAAUUAUACAGGUCAUGGACAAACUAUAUUUCCUAUAACUAAAAUUGAAAUAGAUUUGCGUACAAAAUAUAUAUUUCAUUUACAUACAACAACAUUUAAAUAUUCUUGUGUAUAUAAUAAUAAUAAACAUCAAUUAAUUCUUCGUCGACAACCGAUUUCUGAAUAUGCAGAUGAUCAUUAUGAAUUAAAACUAAAAUAUUAUCAUAAUCGAACAUUUUUAAUACAUCUUCAAGUAAUAAAUAAUCAUUAUGAAAUUAUUGGCACUUCAAAUUCUGAUGAUUUAUUUUGGAAACUUCAUGGAUAUUUUCGAAAAGAUCAAUUCAAUGGUUCAUUAUUAUUAUCCAAUAAUGAUUGGUAUUUAUCAUCGAAAUUAAAUAUUAAUUCUUCAUUAUAUAUUUCAACUGGACAAUAUGUUCAAUUAAUUCCAACAAUAAAUCCUCAAAUAGCUUUUGAAAUAUUUCUAAAAUCAUAUUUUAAUUUUGCUUUUCAAUAUGCAAAUAUACAGUCAUUAAUCGCUUUGAAAUUUAUUCAUAAUUCAUCAGAUAUUAAUUUAUUUUUUUCAUCAAAAUCAAUUAAUGAAACAAUGUUUAACAUAUCAUUUCAAUUAAAUAAUAUAAUUAAUCAAAAUUGGAUACUUGAAAUACAUAACAAACGUUUUUAUCUGUAUAAUGAUAAUUCCGAAUUUAUUUUCAAUGGUAGUUUACAAGAUUUUUCUUUUCAACAUUUUAUUGACAAUAAAAAGAUGAACUUCUUAUUAAAUGAAAAUACAAUCGAAUUUUUAACACCUGGUUUUGGUUUAAGUUUUUCAAAUUUUUCAUCGGAUACAAGUCGAUAUAUAUUUUUAUAUCAUCGAGAAACAAAACAAAAUUUAACAAUUAAUUAUUAUAAAUCAGGAAGAUUUCUUCGAGAUAAUUUGAAUAUUCAAACGCCUAUAUAUGAUAUUAGUAUAAUUUAUAAUCCAACUGAUAAUGAAAAUCAAUAUAUAAAAUUAAUUUUCGAAUUAUUACCAUUACAAAUGUCAUCAUUUAAUCUUGUUCGUGGUCGAUCAUUUCGAAUAGGUUAUCAGACUCAACAAAAACAAAUGAUUUUAGCUGGAAAUCUUGCAUUUAGUGUUGAAGAUAUUGAUAAUCAAGAGAAAAUUUAUAUGAAUGAACGUUGGAAAUUAAUUUAUGGUUAUGAUAGAAGUGAAAAAAUCUAUAUUAAAUGGAAUAUAAAUAUCAAUUCAAAAGAAAAAACUCUUCAUGGUAAAAUCAAUAUUGAUGAUCCAAAUCAAGAUAUAUCAAUACCGAUCUAUAGUGAUCUUAAUGCACAGGUUAAAGAUAUGAUGUUAAUAUUUAAUAUGAGUACUACUUAUUCUUCAUCGAAACCUAUUCUUUUACAAAUAAAUAUUGAUCAAAGAAUAUUAACUCAACAAUAUAUUUCAUUAAAAUUAUUUCAUGAAUUAUCAAAAACAAAUUUAAGUUUAACAAUGGAUCAUUAUCCUCAGAGAAGAUUACAUAUUCGUUUUAAACCAAAUCAUUUUUCUUCGGAAAAAACAUAUCUUCAUUUAUAUGCAAAUACAACUGAAUCUCAAAUAAAAUUACUUGUUAUACUUUGGAAUUAUAUAAAUUUAAAUUUAACAUUACCGAAAUCAUAUCCGGAAACAGGUUUAUUGCAUUCCUCUUUAUUUAUCAAUAAUGAAGAAUAUUUUGAUGGACGUUUUGAUACAACAGCAUUAAAAUUACGAUCAAAAAAUUAUUUAUUUAAUUUAACACUUAAUCAACUUAUUUUACAACAACGAUAUCAUGACAAUAUUCUUGCAUCUAUUCUCACUAGAUGGAUUCAACGUAAUUCAUCAACGGCAUUAGUUACAAUUUUUAGUAAAACAGAUUUUAAACAAAAAUUAAUUCCAAUUUGGCAAUCGAACCAACAACAAACUUGGUUAAACUGUUUUAAACAAUUUCUAUUUGAAAAUAAUUUAACAUCACAAUUUUCAAAUGAUAUUCAAGAGUUUUCGAAUUCUAUUAAGAAUGAUUUUAUUCAUGCACAUGAACAAUCUGGUAUACAAUUAAUGAAUUAUUUAAAUUUUGAUGACGAUUUUAAAUUAGGAAUACAAAAACUUAAUUAUACGAUAAUGAAUUUGACCGAAAGUUUAUUUCAAAUAGGUUUUGCUGGAGAAAAUCUUUUACAAGAAUAUAUGAAUAAUCUUACUUGUUUAAUAAAUCAUCAAAAUUUAUUACAUCUUGAUAUAGAUCAAUUAACUACAUUACUAAUCGAUACAUUUGCAUAUGAAACAGUGUCUUAUAUAAAUAAAACAUUAGUUAUGUUUAAUCAUUUUACACAUUAUCCACGUUCAAUGAAUGCCAUUAUAUCUUACAUAAGCAAUGAAAUUAUUGUUGAAAUACAUAAAUUUAUAAAUGAUUUUUAUUUAGAAACAAAAAGAUUUUGUCUAUCAAAAAUUAUUCAAUAUUUAUAUGAAUUAGAUUUUGUAUUAAAAAUCUCUCCUCUCUUCUCAGAUACAAUAACAUUUUUUGCUUCGAAUGAUAUUCGUGAAUUUAUAUUAUUUUUUAAUGAUCGAUUACGUCGAUUAUUAUCUUUAUGGUUACAUUCGCCUAUGGAAUAUAAAUUAAUGAAAACAAUUGCAAGUCAAUUAAUAGAAUUUAUUGAUAAACUUCGAUUUUAUAUUGAUGAUAAACUUGAUUUUCUUCUACCGACAUUACAAAUUUUUACUCCACGAUUAUCAAUAAAUGGUAGUAGUAAUCAAACAUUUUUAUUAACUUGGUUAAAGCAAUAUAAUAUAACAAAUAUUAUUGAUGAACAAUAA